ACUGGGCGCUCGAUCCGCUUUCCCAUCCAUCCGCAGUGUUUCGGGGUCGCGUCUGCUGGUAGCAUCAAUGGAGAAUGGGAAAAAAUAGCAAGAAAAUGGUGAAAACAGAAAGUUGUGUGCUGUGUCACACCAGCAAAUCGAAAUGGUUUUUGGACAUCUUCUGCGAGGAAAGCCAAUCGAUGGAAAUGGCCCGGAUCAUUGCGAAACAUCUGUGGUUCGACCUAAAGCCAUCCGCCCAGUGUUAUGUUUGUGCCGAGUGCUGGAAAAAUGUUCACGAUUUUCAUCUGUUUUACUGCAAGCUCGAGAAAAUCCACUUUGAAACCAACGAACCGGAUUCGAAAACGGUGGACAUAUGCGUUCAGCCUGAUUUUGAAUUUCAUCCGAUUGAUGAAGUUAAGGUCGAACCGCCAGAUGAUUAUGAUGAAUCCGUUUUUGAUAAAUCGGACACCGCUAAAAAAUCAGCCGAACCACCUGAACAAAUCGAAGACAAUAAUGAACCAUCAACGUCCAGCGCGAUUCGACCGAAACGAAGCGCUUCCACUCCAAUCACGAAACUCAAAACUGAAGAGUCUGGAUCGGAACCGGACCACUUCGAUGCGGAUGAUUUCACGGCAAAUGAUGACUUUGAAUGCGACGAUGAUGACGACGUGGAUUAUGUACAAGAAAUAAAAGAGACCAAACCGAAGGAGAUUAUCGUGGAGCCACCUAAAACAGGGAAACGACGCGGAAGACCCCCGAAAAAUGCUUCCCUCAAGAAGGAACCCGGCUCUGAUGGAGAGGAUUUGGAUAAAACGGCUGAAUCUUCCAGAGUGUCAGAGAAAAAAUCACAUAAAAAGCGAGGCCGCAAGCGCCUCGUCAAGGAUUCCAGUGACGAGAGUUCGGAUUCGGACAGUGGUUCCGAUGCCGAAGUUACGGAUAGGCGCAAGCUGGGAGGACGACGUCCCCGAGAUGAACGCCUGUUUAGAUAUAUCGAGGAAUUUGUUUGCUAUUUGUGUCCGGAGCGGGUUGAGUUCGAUCGGUUCCACCAUGCCAACAUGCACUACAAGGAGCUGCACGGUGAACCGGCAUAUUUGAAGUGUUCCAAGUGUGAUAAGAAGUGCUUCACACCGGGUGGAUUUAUCAACCACAUGGAAACCCACGACGAUCCGGACAAGAACAAAUGCAAAAUUUGUGGUAAAGUUACAGAUCAGAUGAUCACUCUUAAGAAGCACAUGCGCGCCCACCGGAUAGAAAUGGAGAAGACAUUGCCGUACGCGUGUGAACUUUGUCCCCGGAAGUUUGAAACCGAAAAGGCCAGAAACAAACACGAACGGCUGCACGGGCGCAAGAAGAUUGUGGUCCGGAGGGAAAAGGGCCGCGACGAAGAACUGUUGGCGUUCUAUAAGAGGGUCUGGUGUGACAUCUGCGAGACGGAGAACAACGAAACUCGCGAGUUUGAGAACUUUUCGGAUCUGAAGUGCCACAUAAUAGCGGAUCAUAACAAGACACCAUACUUAAAGUGUCCCAUUUGCUUCAAGAAAAACGUCUGCAGGCAGCAACUCAUUGUGCACAUAGAUGUCCACGAAAACCCGGAUCGAUACAGGUGCGACAUAUGCGGUGAGGUAAAUCAAUUCCUUGAAAGGCACAAGGCAAAAGUUCACGGUAAUCGGGAACCGGAAAGCGACGAGAAGAACUACGGCUGCGAACAUUGUGGAAAAAUGUUCCGCUGUGAAACGAACCUAAAGAAUCACAUUGACCGGGUCCAUGGUCUGAAGGAUGUUAUGUGCGACAUUUGUAAUAAACCAUUCAGCAAAAAGGCCCUCGGCGCUCACAAACGGUCGGCGCACACGGACGAGCAAUUCAUGUGCGAACAGUGCCCGAAAAUGUUCAAAACUCGUAGUGGGCUGGAGUCGCACAAGGGUGAACACGACGCCGAUCUGCGCAAGCCGGUCAAGUGCGAACUGUGCGGCAAGGAGAUGCGCCGUGGGGCGAGCUUGGCCAAACACAUGAAGGUGAUCCACACGAUCGGAGAUCCGGUGAACUGCAACAUGUGCGGCAAGCAGUUCCGCACGAAGUUCCAUAUGAUGCGUCACCGGGCCAACACGUGCGCGGCCACGAUCAAUUCCAGGCCGUUCAAGUGCGAGAUUUGCGGAAAGGGAUUCUCCAUGCGGCUCACCAUGAACGAACACAUGACGACCCACACGAGGACCAGCUUGUACCAGUGUGCUUUCUGCUUCAAGACGUUUGGCUACAUUUCCAAUCUGUACAAGCAUCGUAAGAAGGCUCAUCCCGAGGAAUGGCAAGAGGUGCAAGCGAGGCCAGAUCAGGGUAUAGCCACUUUUAUUGAGAUGAGAAAUUGAGGGGAUCAAGGUAAGGAAAAAACAGUUAAAUAUUGUGGAAAUGUUUGACUGUUUUCAAUAUCGCCUGUAAUAUUUCUCUACUCACAAUGCAUGAUAAUUUUAAUUCUUUUAAAUUAUAAAAAAAUAAUAAAUAUAAUAUUCUACCGACAUUA